AUGCUUCUGUCAGCUCGUUUUUCGAGCCGUCUUGGCCCCCGCACGUUUGCCAGAUCGGCCCAGGCGCUCAAAGCUGCCUGCUCCCAGCAGAGAACUUUAACGAAUACCAGAAAUUCCAAGGCCACAAUGACCCACGGCCAGGCUUCGAGCUCCUCUCGUCCCACGCCGGCUCCCUCUUUCGACCAGGAGCCCCAGGAUAAAGGAGCACAGAAACUCACCAAGAAAUCCACCAUGGACGACUCCUUCAUUGGGCUCACCGGUGGAGAAAUCUUCCACGAGAUGAUGUUGAGGCACAACGUCGAUACCGUGUUUGGAUACGCUGGAGGCGCCAUCUUGCCUGUUUUCGACGCCAUCUACAACUCAGACAAGUUCAAAUUUGUUUUGCCCAGACACGAGCAAGGUGCUGGUCACAUGGCUGAGGGCUAUGCCAGAGCGACGCUGAAACCAGGGGUAGUUUUGGUCACUUCAGGUCCUGGGGCCACCAACGUGGUCACGGCAAUGCAGGACGCUCUUAUGGACGGUGUUCCCUUGAUUGUGUUCACGGGUCAGGUGCCUACAACGUCGAUCGGUACAGACUCGUUCCAGGAAGCCGAUGUGAUUGGUAUUUCCAGACCAUGCACGAAAUGGAACGUGAUGGUGAAAAACGUUGCUGAGUUGCCCAGAAGAAUCAAUGAGGCGUUUGAGAUUGCCACCACGGGUCGUCCAGGCCCCGUGUUGGUUGAUCUUCCAAAGGAUGUUACUGCCUCUAUUCUCAGAGAGGCUAUUCCUAUCAACACAACCUUGCCCUCGAACGCUCUCUCUCAGAUCACCAAGCGCUUCACCACCAAGUUCACAACCGAGGCCAUCGAGCGCGCGGCAGCUUUGUUGAACAAGGCCAAGAAGCCCAUUCUCUAUGUCGGUGCUGGUAUCUUGAACAAUGAGAACGGUCCCAAGUUGUUGAAGGAGCUUGCAGACAAGGCCACCAUUCCUGUCACCACCACCAUUCAAGGUUUGGGUGCGUUUGACCAGAGGGACGAAAAGUCGCUUGAUUUUUUGGGUAUGCACGGUAACGCUGCUGCCAACACGGCCAUCCAGAACGCCGACUUGAUCAUCGCUUUGGGCGCUCGUUUCGAUGACAGAGUCACUCUUGCGGUCUCAAAGUUUGCUCCUGCCGCGAGAUUGGCUGCCCAGGAAGGAAGAGGUGGUAUUAUCCACUUUGAGAUCAGCCCCAAGAACAUCAACAAGGUUGUGGUGGCCACCGAAGCCAUCGAGGGUGAUGUGACCAGCAACCUUGCGUCUUUCUUGCCAUUGGUCAAGGAGGUGCCCGAGAGAAAGGAGUGGAUGGGCCAGAUCCAUAAGUGGAAGGAACAAUACCCAUAUGCAUACAUGAAGGAGACGCCGGGUUCUCUCAUCAAGCCCCAGACAUUGAUCAGAGAAAUCAGCAAACAGACUCAGAAUUACGACAAAGAUGUCAUUGUCACCACCGGUGUGGGCCAGCACCAGAUGUGGGCAGCCCAGCAUUUCGAGUGGACGAAACCAAGAAGCUUCAUCACAUCGGGUGGUUUGGGAACCAUGGGAUUCGGUCUUCCUGCCGCCAUUGGUGCUCAGAUUGGAAAGCCCGACGCCAUGGUGAUUGACAUCGAUGGUGAUGCAUCGUUCAACAUGACUCUUAUGGAGCUUUCGUCGGCGGUUCAGGCUGGUGCCCCAGUGAAGAUCUGUGUGUUGAACAACGAAGAACAAGGUAUGGUGACGCAAUGGCAGUCGCUUUUCUAUGAGCACAGAUACUCGCACACGCAUCAGCUGAACCCUGAUUUCAUGAAGUUGGCUGAAGCCAUGGGUGUCACGGGUAUUCGUCUUUCGAAGCAGGAAGAUAUGGCGUCUAAGGUGAAGGAAUUUUUGGACUGCAAGGGCCCAGUGUUGUUGGAGGCCAUUGUGGAGAAGAAGGUGCCAGUGUUGCCAAUGGUUCCUGGAGGCAAGGCCUUGCACGAGUUCAUCAUCUACGACGAAGAGGUGGAGAAACAAGAGAAAGAGUUGAGAAGGGAGAGAACCGGUGGUAAGCACUGA